CGCAACUUUUGUGUUAAUUGCUACUCAAGCCCCAUCUGCUGGCUGUGUCUCCCGCUGCUCAUGUCGACCAGUCCGCGGCGCGGACUCAUCUGAGCCCGGCGUCCGUUCUCGGUGGAGUGGGUGCUGUGCCCCUACGACGUCCAUCACCGUGUCCCCCGCGCGUCGCUGGAGAGGCACGCGGCGUCCUGCCGGCUGCGCAGGAUGGGAUACUCCGCCGAGGAGGAGGCCGAGAUGUACGACUCCAGCUUUUUCUACGAAAACCUGAAGGUUCCCGCCAUCGCCAUGGAUAAAGAUCUACAGUUUCACAUUGUUAAGCAGGCUAGAGCCCAAAGUGCAAAGGAAGGUGCAGGCUAUAGUGAAGGAUCUUACUCAUUACUGCCCGUAGAAGUUCCUCAAAACCACAAGCGUUUCACGUGUGACCUGACCCAGGCUGACCGCCUUGCUCUUUACGAUUACAUUGUUGAGGAGACAAAGAAACAGAAGUCCAGAUCCCAGAUAACGGAAAAUGACAGUGAUCUCUUUGUGGAUUUAGCAGCAAAAAUCACCCAAGAUGAUAGUCAGAAAGGUCCGAAGUCCCAUCUUGAAAUUCUGGCUGAAAUGCGAGAUUACAAAAGGCGGCGGCAGUCAUACAGAGCUAAGAAUGUUCAUAUAACAAAGAAGUCCUACACUGAGGUGAUUCGGGAUGUGAUUGGUGUGCAUAUGGAAGAACUCAGCAAUCAGUGGCAAGAGGAGAACAGGUUGGAUAAUGCAGAGAUAUGUGAAGGAGGGAAGUCAAAGUCUUCAGGAAGUUUAUUUUCAGAAGGGAAGACAGGCGGUCAGCUUCGGUGGACUCACGGCAGUCUGGGGGAAGCAGUAAGGAUACGGAGUGCACGAGACACAGGAGAGACACCAGCAGGAGUCCAAGUAAACGAAGGAGGAGUCGGGAGAGAGGCAAAGACAGAGACUCUCGGAGAAAAAGAGAGAGGGAUGAAGACAAGUAUUACAAUCACAAAAGAAGAAAGUAGGAACAAGAACCUGAUGAUUUUGUUUGUCAGCUGUUCAGAACAUAACUUCCACAAGAACUAUUGUUACUGCUGUUUUGCCCAAGACAGUAAAGGUGUGCACAUAAUAUUGGUGUUGCAUCACAGCUGUGCUGCUUGGAGACAAAAAAGUGCUACAGUUUGUCAGGAUGGAAGCAGUAUAUUCCAGGUAAUGUGUACAUCUGGAACAUUUAUACAUCUGUUAAUAAAUUAUAUUGAUCUCUCAUGUAUUUGAGUUAUUCUGACAAGGCUGAA